AUGGCCUUUGCUGGCGUAUCUCUCAUUGCUGACGGCAAGCUGUGCGCCUCCACCAAGUCGGCCAUCAACUCCGGUGCAGAUAGCGGGUACCACUUGCUCGUUGUCGAAGGUUACUUGCGGACCAAAGAGACUACUCCCAACGGCGAGUCCAUCGAGUCUCGUCCUUUCAUUGUUCGAGGCCGUCGCUGGACCAUCAACUACCACACUAAUGGUUUUGACGAUGAUUAUGAAGAAUUUAUAUCGGUUUCACUUUCCCUUGUCCUUGAAGAUGAUACCGGGCCGAGCGUUGAGGUUCAGUAUGCCUUCAGUUUCAUUGACCAGCCCGAGUUGCGGGUACCAAAGCACAUCCGCCAAAGCCAACCAGUUUGCUUGGGCUUCCAUGAUUCUUUGGAUGACCAGUUUGAAUUCAUGAAAAAGGAGGCCGACUUACCAAGCCAUCUUGGCGAUCUCCUCCUGAGCAAGGAGGGUGCUGACGUCACGUUUGAGGUUAACGGCAAGGAGUUCGCUGCGCACUCGUGGAUGCUUGCAGCCCGAUCUACCGUCUUCAAGGCACGGCUCUUUGGCACCAUGAAUGUGGACAAUGCUACGUCCAGUGUUGUCAAGAUAGACGACAUCAAAGCAAACGUAUUCCUGGGCUUGCUUACUUUCAUCUACACCGAUGGAAUGCCUGAAUUCAAGCGUGACAAUGGCGAUGAGACUGAUGACACGGAACAGGAUGAUGACACAGAAGAGGAUGACAUGAAAAAAGACUGGCUGCCACAGCUCCUUGAAGCUGCAGAAAGAUAUGGUCUCCAAAGCCUCAAGUCAGUCUGUGAAGAGAAGUUGACCGAAUUGAUUUGCAAGGACACGGUGGCAGACAUCAUUGUCAUGGCUGAGCGGAACCGGUGCCUCUGGUUGAAGCAUUCCUGCCUGGAGUUCGUCAAAACUAGCACAAAUUUGCACACGGUUUUCACGGCUGAUGGGCUGGAGCAAAUAAUCAGGACCUGCAGCCCCUCCGUUCUCAAGGAGCUUCUCUCCAAGUUUGCUUCCUGA